GUUGUAGAGCAGCGGGUGAGUAACCUGGCGCAGGGGCUUUUAACGUUGGGGUGUAUGUCCGGACCGUUGCUCGUUGUCCUGGGACUCAUCCCGCAAGCCGUGUUGGCGGGGCUGUUUUGGGUCAUGGGCAUCUACGCACUCGAAGAGAAUGGGCUCACCUUGAAACUCGUUUAUCUCUUUCGCGAGCGCUCCCUUACGUCCAAGUCGGAGCCGUUGAACCGAUGUCGCAAGAUCGCGGUUUACGCUUUUGUCGGGUUCAUGUUGCUGGGUUUCGCCGGAACCUUUGCUAUUACACAGACCAUCGCGGCGAUCGGCUUCCCAUUGAUCAUCAUGAUCCUAAUCCCGGUUCGCACCUUGGUCUUCCCGCGGUUCUUCACCGCAGAAGAACUUGCCAUCCUCGAUGCGCCCACCGCGUCUGCAUUCACCAUGGAGUCCGUCGGCGGCACC